AUGACUGCUCUGGUUGCUGAAAUUUCUGAGAUGAAAUCAGCUUCCCAUGUCUUAGAUUUGGGAUGUGGCCAGGGCAUCCCUGUCAUGGAUAUCGCCGUUCAUAUUGGUUGUUCUGUUGUUGGAGUUGAUUUGGCUGAAUGCCAUAUUGAAAACGCUAAUAAAUCGGCAGAAUUUUACAAGAAAGAAAAGAAGCCCGAUCUUGAAUCGGAGUUUUAUGCGGCUUCAUAUUUCGAUCUGCCUGAAGCUGUGACCAAUCAAACGUUUACCCAUGUGAUGAUGCAGACCUCUAUGUUUUAUGCUCAUCACCGAAUUGAUGAAAUCCUGAGCACUAUAUUUAAACUUCUGCGUCCCGGUGGGGUUCUGGUAACUACUGAUGUUCUUAGGACCGGUGAGUCAGCUGAUCUUAACAAGUUCAUGAAGAUGAACUUUAUGUCUGCCUUGCUUACAUUAGACGAGAUGAAAGCUGCUUUGCUACGAAAUGGAUUAGAAUAUUACGGUGGAGAGAAUUUGGAUGACCACUUUAUUAAAAGUGCUGCUAAAAAAACCGAGAAAAUCGUCACGGAAAACAUACCAUGUCCAUCACUUCCAUUCUUCAAGCUUCAAGAGUCGAUUGUUAAGAAUAAGGAAAUGACUUUUCAAAUAGUAAUGGCUAAAAAAAUCUGA